AUGUCUUCGACAACCAAAGACAGAGGCUUCCCAGCUGAGAACCCUUUAUCAUCAUACUGGCUCCAAAAUCCCCAUCAGCUGGCAGCUUUUCGUUCAUCGGACAAAGUGCCAGAUCAAUGCGACAUAGCCAUCAUUGGCACUGGCCUAGCUGGCGUAGCCACAGCAUACCACAUUCUUUCAGACCCAGACCUCAAAACCAAGCCGAGCAUUGUCUUACUCGAGGCUCGUCAAGCUUGUACAGGAGCGACUGGGCGCAAUGGAGGUCAUCUCAAAUUGGCCCCUUGGGUCGCGCGGCGGGUUGGGGCCCAAUACGGACCUAGUGCGGCGGCAGAGGUUGUUGCCUACCAACUUGAUCAGCUUGCUGCUCUCAAAGGGGUGAUUGAGAAGGAAAUGAUCGACUGUGAAUUUAAUCUGACGCGCUCUUUCGAUGUCUUUUUUGAUGAAGAUCAUUCCCGGGAGAUGCAGGAGUUUGUGUCUACUCAGCAAGCGGAGGGGGCUCCAUGGGCUCAGCAUAUGACAUGGAUUGACGCUUCCGAGUCGGAAAAGGUCACUGGUAUCAAAAACAGUAAAGGCGCGAUAAGCGUGCCUGCUGUCUCUCUUUGGCCAUACAAACUAGUCACGGCUUUGCUAUCAAAAGUGGUAGAACUUGGCAGCACACUCUUCACCGAAACUUGUGUUACAGAAGUAGAAGAACUGCCCGGCCAAACAAGGUUGACCACCUCAAGGGGAGUACUAAACGCCAAAAAGACCAUAUUCGCGACCAAUGCCUACACUACAGCUAUAUUACCGCAGUACAAGGGCGUCAUUACCCCCUUCAAAGGCCAGAACUCGCAUCUGUCUCCUUCGCCAUCUUUCAAAGUGCCCAAGUUCCUUGACCAUACCUAUAACCUACACUUUGACAAUAAGUAUGCGGAUUAUCUCAAUCCAAGGCCGGAUCAUACGAUUAUCCUUGGGGGUGCGAAGUGGACUUACGAAGAUAAACUUGAUCGGGCGAAAUGGUGGAACUGCACUGAUGAUACAACAUUAAUCAACGAUGCUGCCACAGAGCACUUUGACUCUGUCAUGGCGGAUCAUUUCCUUGGAUGGGAGAAUGCUGAGGCACACCAUGACUUCGUCUGGACUGGAAUCAUGGGCGAGACCCCAGAUGCUAUGCCUCAUGUGGGAAUGGUCCCAGGCUCGAGAAACCAGUGGAUCUUGGCUGGUUUCAAUGGCGCUGGGAUGACCAUGAUAUUCACUACUGCAAAAGCCGUUUCUAAGAUGAUUUUGCAUGAGGUUGUAUAUGAAGACACGGAUCUACCACGCUUAUUCAAGACGACGGCUGAACGGUUGACGGUCAAGAACCCUGGCUUCUAG